UUGAGCGGCCCGCGGCCCCCCAGGCGCUCUCCGGCCCGCUCGGCGGCGGCCGCGGCCUGGGCGGACGGCUCUCCGUGCGCAGGCGCGGGUCCCAGCCCUCGCUGCAGCCCCCAGCGCCUCUGGGAGUCACACCUCCGGGGUCCGCCCGCCGCCGGCGCGUCAGUGCCCUCGCGCUCGCUCGUCUGUCCUCCCGGGUCCUCCCAGCGCCGGGAUGGCGGAGCUGCGGCCUAGCGGCGCCCCCGGCCCCACCGCGCCCCCGGCCCCCGGCCCCACCGCUCCGCCGGCCUUCGCCUCGCUCUUCCCCCCGGGGCUGCACGCCAUCUACGGAGAGUGCCGCCGCCUGUACCCGGACCAGCCGAACCCGCUCCAGGUCACCGCCAUCGUCAAGUACUGGUUGGGUGGCCCAGACCCCUUGGAUUAUGUUAGCAUGUACAGGAACGUGGGGAGCCCUUCUGCCAAUAUCCCCGAACACUGGCACUACAUCAGCUUCGGCCUCAGUGACCUUUAUGGUGACAGCAGAGUCCAUGAAUUUACAGGAACAGAUGGGCCUAGUGGUUUUGGCUUUGAGUUGACAUUUCGCCUGAAGAGAGAAACAGGGGAGUCUGCUCCCCCAACAUGGCCAGCAGAGCUAAUGCAGGGCUUGGCCAGAUACGUGUUCCAAUCAGAGAACACCUUCUGCAGUGGGGAUCACGUGUCUUGGCACAGCCCUUUGGAUAACAGUGAGUCAAGAAUCCAGCACAUGCUGCUGACAGAGGACCCGCAGAUGCAACCCGUGCAGACACCCUUUGGGGUAGUUACCUUCCUCCAGAUCGUUGGUGUCUGCACUGAGGAGCUCCAUGCAGCCCAGCAGUGGAAUGGGCAGGGUAUCCUGGAGCUGCUGCGGAUGGUGCCCAUCGCUGGCGGCCCCUGGCUGAUAACUGACAUGCGGAGGGGAGAGACCAUAUUUGAGAUCGAUCCACACCUGCAACAGGAGAGAGUUGACAAAGGCAUCGAGACGGACGGCUCCAAUCUAAGCGGUGUCAGUGCCAAGUGUGCCUGGGAUGACCUGAGCCGGCCCCCUGAGGAUGACGAAGACAGCCGGAGCAUCUGCAUAGGCACACAGCCCCGGCGGCUCUCCGGCAAAGACACGGAGCAGAUCCGGGAGACCCUGAGGAGAGGACUUGAGAUCAACAGCAAACCUGUCCUUCCACCAAUCAACACUCAGCGGCAGAAUGGCCUCACCCAUGACCGGGCCCCGAGCCGCAAAGACAGCCUGGAGAGCGACAGCUCCACAGCCAUUAUCCCCCACGAGCUGAUCCGCACACGGCAACUCGAGAGUGUGCAUCUGAAAUUCAACCAGGAGUCAGGAGCCCUCAUCCCUCUCUGCCUAAGGGGCAGGCUCCUGCACGGACGGCACUUUACAUAUAAAAGUAUCACAGGUGACAUGGCCAUCACAUUCGUCUCCACGGGAGUGGAAGGUGCCUUUGCCACUGAGGAGCACCCUUACGCGGCUCAUGGACCCUGGUUACAAAUUCUAUUGACGGAAGAGUUUGUAGAGAAAAUGUUGGAGGACUUAGAAGAUUUGACUUCGCCAGAGGAAGGACUUACCUCAUCCUGGAAAGUCCCUUCACCUCCCCUGGCCUCCUACUAAGCAGCACCCCAGUGGGAUCUGAGCCUUCCUGGCCUUGAUGCCGAUAGUUCAAACUCCCCAAAGAGUACAGCUGGCCUGAGAAGAAGCUGAAAGUCUCCAUCCUGCCUGAUGUGGUGUUUGAUAGCCCACUGCACUAGCCUGGGCUGGGCCCUGCAGGGGCCAGGAGACCCGGCUGCUCCCGGUGACUUCGGUGUAAGCGAGUCCCACCAGUAAAAGGACAGACGUGAGGAUGAGGAGCACCUGCAGGAGCACCUUCAGCCCGGCGGGAUGCCAGGCAUGGGCAGCUGACCUCGCCUCACCUGCGGUGCCAAGCCCACAUGACCAGGCCCUGAUCCCACUGGGUACCGAGUGGGCAAAUGCAAACCUUCCUUUCCUGCUGCCGCCUCAAGUUCUGGUUUGAGAAGCGACUCUGGACCUUCAAUGUGCCCCUCGGUCUCGGGCCGCCUCCUGAGCACCCAGCCGAGCGCCCAGCAGGAAGGAGGUGGGGUGGCCCUCAGGGUUCACUGCCCAGCUCAGCCUGGGAGCCUUGGUAGUCAAGCUCCUCUUGCCACCGAACAAUUCCUCUGAUUGUGUUUGGUUUUCUUCCUCUAUUUUAUUUUGUAGAAACCGAUGGUAUUGUAUUGCUCUUCAGAGAUGUCCAGAAGCUGUGUAUAUAAUGUCUUUUAAACAGAACUUUAUUGCCAGAUGAACUUUCGCAUUCUCUCAGACAAGGGCCUGGGGCUAUCUCCCCCUGAGCCGCCACCAGAGAAGGUAUGGUGUUCACCUGCCUGCCCAGGGCCCUAGCAGCCAGCUUCAGAGAGAGGCUUUUCUCCCCGGUGGGCCCGGUGGAGCCUGUGGCAGGGGAGAGCUGACACUCCCCCAUGAAGCCCUGAGCCCACUUUGCUGGCCACGAAGGAGUGCUGCGGCUUCCCAUUAGAGGACAUCAGGACCUCAGAUACUGGGUGGCCUCAGCCUCAUCUUCCAGGCUUGCCUGGGAGCGGGUGAGGCCAGCGCCUCCCAGAUCAUCCCCACCUGCCACUCAGGGUCUGGGUCUCCAGCUCUUCGACCACUCCCGCCCCAUUUCCUCAGCCCCUGGCCUCCCAGCCUCCAGGCUGCAGGACUCUGGCUUCUUAACCUCUCAACGUCUUUCACUUUGAUUUUGCAAACACUGCAUUCUACCGCUCUUCUGUCCUCCCUGCAUCCGUCCAUUUCUCAUCCUUCACUCCCCAUUCCUGUCCUGCCUCUGGGCCUCGGUCCCUUGCCCCAGUACUGCAGUUCUCAUGGUCUUCCUCCCAGAAGCCAGUCUGUUUCUGGCCUGUGAUUUUGGGGUCCCUCUUAGAUGAUCUCCCACUCUGUCCUGGAAUCAGCAAGCCCCGUUCAUGCCCUUUACCCCCAACUCCAAGGACUGCUAUUUCAAGAUCAUCCUCCAGGCCUGUCCAAAGCAAAGCCAUUUUGUCUGUCAGGGAUCACAUAGGACUGCUCUGUCCCACCAACACCACGUGCACACCAGGAGGCCAUCGGGCCCAGCAGCCCCCUGAUGGGAGAGCUGCCUCCGGGGGCCAUGAAGACAGCGACCGUCUCUCCAGGGAGCAGCAGUUGGACUUCCAAGGGGCCUGGCCCCUUCUCUGCACACACUCUGAGGGCUACCUGGUUUAUCCCAUCAAACGCAGAGUGUCAAGGCAGACCAGCCUCUGGAGGAUUGGGAGAGAGGGACUCCAGGCUUCCAGCAGCCAAGGUGCAACCUCUGGACCUGACACUGGCAGCAGCUGUGCCUUCUCAGAACUUUUCAAAAGGACGUUUCCCGGCCUCCGUCUGCCACAGCAUCUCUGCCUUUGAAGCUCUUGUCUUCUGAUGCCUUGUGGCCAAAGAGGUGCCAUCGCCUUUCCUCCUCUCCUGCCACCUGACCUGCUCUCCACCAGUUCUCCUUCUGGAACCCUGCCUCCACCUGCCUGGUUUGGCGACGGGGAGGGGCUAUUUUAUAAGCUUUGUCAUCAGUAUGGGAGGCAGUAGGUGAGCUAUGAGCCCGUGAAGCCUGUGGCCCCUGCCUGCCUCAUGUUGGGAACCUCCCAGGUCAUGCUGGGGCCAGGCCUCCAUUUCCUUUUCCUACAGGGCAGUGACUCUGGGGCAGUGGCAGGGCACCCGCUGUCUCUGACCAGCCCUCCUUUCCCUGUGUGACCAUGCCUUCCCAGGGGUACUCCAUGAAGCUGCCUGGUGAGGGACAAGCAAAGCUGACCACGCACUGUGCUUAGCACAGCGCCUGGAACGUGGUGGCUGCUCACCAAUAUCCCUCCUUCCCCUCCCUGCAGCCCUUCUGAGCCCCGACCUCAUAGUGAGUGGGGAGGUAAGAAGCUUCCCUCUUUCAUCUGCCUCUUCCACUGGCCUCCCUGAGAUUUGCCUGGCUCUACCCCACCCUCCCAGUCCCUGGUGCUAGGAAGGGGCGCCCCAUGCUGUUUGCCUGCUACACAAGGCAGACUUCUGUGGCUCCUCAAGUCCAGUAUGGGAUGUGAGAGGACCACAGACCCAGCUGCCACUUGGAGGGGGUGGAGAGGCUCAUGCAAGCUCUCGGAUCUGGCCAGGGAACUGGCACUUCCCUGUCCUCUUCCUGUUCCAGAGGCCAGGCUCCCUCUCUGGGACUGGGAAGCCUUGGGGAGAGUCUAAAAGGGCUAGAAUGUUUUAAAAAUAAACACAGGGUCUUGGGCCUGGGUUUUGAGAUUGAGUUGAGCAGGAAAAAAGCUGAAAGUUGGUGCCCCUAUGGGGCAGACCAGUAGAAAAUCCCUUGACUAUUUUUUUAUUGGAUUGUGUUUCCUCUCUAGCUUCCAGGUCCUCCGUGCCAGGUGAGGUACCUGGGUCCCUAUAAUAAGUCAGGAGCCCUAUAGAGAGAGCCCUCCUUUUGUAUAAGUACCUGAAUGCUGCAAUAAGCAGACUUUUGUAAAAUUUUCAUUAGUUUCUAAUGUCAUUGGCGACUCGGUUCCUAGGGGCUGCAGCCAGCCAGGAACUUUUGUAAGAACGUGGCUGCCUCACUUAGAUGUCGUUUCCUUCGUGCCCCUCUUCCUCUGUGUAAUCUAAGUGCAUUAAACAGGUUUGCAGAA